AUGGUCCCUCUGGGGCUUAUUUCCCAAUACCUGGGCGCGGUUUAUGAUGAGACGGCCGCCAUUUUCGAUCUAAAGGCGUCUUUUUUCCAGGUAGGCUUGCCAGCCGAAACGCGCGGGAAUUUCCGUAGUCGCACGGAAAAGGGGGAGCUGGUCGAGUUCACACGGCUCCCAAUGGGGUAUAAAUGUAGUUCAAAAAUCGCGCACACGAUCUCAAGAGCUUUGGCGGGUGACCCCGAGGCGGUUCAACCGUGUUAUGCGGCCCCGGCGGAGUUAACUCUACACGUGUGGAUAGAUAAUCUUCGCAUCACAGGGCCACGCAAGAGCGUAGAGUCGUGGAGGAACAUUAUUAUGACAAAUAUGCGCGAAUGCGGUGCAACGGUGGGGGAGCACGAGGCCCUCACCGCGCGUUACGAAUUCAUAGGGGUUUGUUUCGACCACACUGCGAAGACGGUUUCCCUCAGCGACAAGACGUUAUGGAAAUUGAAGAGUGCCACACCCCUCCAUAAGAUGUCGGUUGGGGAAUUGGAAAGCCUUACGUCGCGUAUGGUGUAUGCAGCAGGGGUUCAAGGGGUUUCGCUUUUUCGGUAUUAUUUCUUUUUGAAAACAGUGCGCCGAAGAGCGCCGCGGCUCAACAGGGGGCUGUUAGAGGCCCAUGGCCCGGCAGCUUUACCCCCUUUUGCCCUUAAGGUCGGACAGGGGNGGCGGGACACUUUGUUGCAGAAUAAUCCUGUCAACCCCCCGAGGGCCAACCCGACUUCAGGGACUUUAGUGCCCGACGCCUCUUUAUAUGGAUGGGGUGCGUUGUUUUUUAAGGGCAGCGGGGAAGUGUGGGCCACAGGGGGGGCAUGGGAGCAGGCCCCCCACAUUAUUUCACAGGUUGAAGUGAGGGCCGCAGGACUGGCCCUGCUCGCUUUCAAGGGAAAUUUGCCGAUUCAACUCCAUAUACGUAUCGAUAGCACGGCGGCGAUGCAUAUCACGAAAACAGGAGGCACGUAUUCCGAUGCCCUGGUGUGA